UAAACUAAUAUAAAGUUUUUAUUCAAACGCAUAUGUGAAUGAAUAUGUAAUGUUCGAUAAUACAUGAUAAAAAAAAUAGGCACACAUAUUGACUCUACGUCUAAUGGAAGCGCCCAGCGUAUGUGUUUAAAUAUUUUUUAUUUUUUAAUUAAGGAAGUGGUUUUAAAGGGCCAGGUGAUUUGUAGCGAAAAUAUACGGCAAGAGCAAUGGAGCAGUGUGCCUGUGUAGAGAGAGAGCUGGAUAAAGUGCUUUACAGAUUUGUAAUGUAUGGCCACCUCUCAGAAGAAAGCCUAGAUGAGCUACUUCGUUAUGUCUCUGAAGUGAGAAGACAUUUGGCCAGCUCAGGCCUAAAAGAUGGUGAUUUGACAGGUAUUGUAUACUCCUCAAUGUCUCAGUGCUGUAAGAAUAUUAAAGAAUCGCUACAGAGACUGGCAUCAAGUCACAAAGACAUUCAUGGGAGUGUGUCUAAAGUAGGAAAAGCCAUUGAUAGGAAUUUUGAUGCAGAAAUAAGUGCUGUGGUGGCAGACAAUGUGUGGGAACUGCAAGAACGUCAGAAAUAUUUAAGUGAAACCAUCGUGGAGCACUUGUACAGGCAAGGCAUGCUGAAUGUUGCAGAGGACUUGUGUAAGGAGUCUGGAGUAGCAAUUGAUAUAAGCAUGAAGCAGCCCUUCUUAGAACUAAAUCGAAUUUUAGAAGCCCUAAAAAUGAGGGAUCUCCACCCAGCAUUAGAGUGGGCUAUUACAAACAGGCAGAGACUUUUGGACCACAACAGCACUUUAGAAUUUAGACUUCAUCGUCUCUACUUCAUCAGUCUUCUCAGUGGAGGAAUGAAGAAUCAGGCAGAGGCACUUCAGUAUGCACGUCAUUUCCAGCCCUUUGCUACUCAGCAUCAAAGAGAUAUCCAAAUUCUAAUGGGUAGUCUAGUUUAUUUGCGUAUUGGCAUUGAGAAUUCACCAUAUCGCCACUUACUUGAAAAUACUAAUUGGUCUGAUAUUUGCACCAUUUUUACAAGAGAUGCUUGUGCUCUUCUUGGACUUUCUGUGGAAUCGCCAUUAAGUGUCAGUUUUUCUUCGGGAUGCAUGGCACUUCCUGUCUUGAUGAACAUUAGGCAGGUGAUUGAACAACGACAGUGCACUGGUGUGUGGAGUCAUAAGGAUGAGCUUCCGAUUGAAAUCGAUCUGGGAAAAAAGUGUUGGUACCACUCUGUGUUCUCCUGCCCAAUUCUCAGACAGCAAACAACUGAGACAAACCCACCUAUGAAGCUGAUUUGUGGCCAUGUAAUAUCUCGUGAUGCUUUGAACAAACUAAUCAAUACAGGAAAAUUAAAAUGUCCCUAUUGUCCAAUGGAACAAAAUCCUUCAGAUGCUAAGCAGAUUUUCUUUUGACAAUGUUAGAAGGUUUGGACCUUUGGUUAUUGGUUAAUGGAGAUCUAUGUGCACUAGGUCUGCCUUAGCAGCCACCUCUGUUGCCUUUUGAAAUGUAUGGAAGCAAAGCAUUAAGUGUGCUAUCCCUUCUUUCAAUGCAGAUUAAGUGAAAUUGGAUUGGUGUUUAAUGAAGAAUAAGAGAAAUGUGAAUGCACAAGUGACCAAACUGAAUAAAGAUUUUGUUUGCUAGCAAUAAUUAAGUGAAAAGCUGUUGUUUAAGAUACAGCAUCUAUGGUGUACUUCCCAACUUGCUUUCAUUACACCCGUGCCCUGGCAGUUGUUGGGCCACAGGCAGUCAUUUUGAAGUGAAUACAGACUUACUCUGUAGGAUUUGAAAAUGUGGUUAUUCUAUUUGUUUAUCCAAAACUCCAUUUACUAAUUAUAGCAAGUCUGUAUGGAGUAACCUUAUUCUCCCAGAACCAACACAGCAUUAGGGGGAAAUGCUGAUGUGACCCUACACAGCCUAUCAAAUUCUAUAAGGCAAGAUUAUUACUGAUGUUAUACUCAGCAAACCAAAAAUUACAGCAAACAAAGAAGACAGACCACCUCAAUGAAUGCAAACCACUAUCCAUUGACCUUAAAUUUUAAAUCGGACCAUUCAGUAGCGUUACAGACAUGAUCACAAAUAGCUGCACUUUAAUUGACAAAAGCAUGUUUUGGAAGUGUUCUUUCUUAACCCAAGGUUUUUGAUUUGUUGUCUCUAUCUGUGUGUUCUAUUUUUUUUUCCCUUGAAAAAUAUUUUGCUGGGUGAAUUUAUGACAGGAUUGCAACCUACUAGAUAGUGUUUAUAUAUUGCAGUAGAACUGAUCCCAGCCCAUGACAUUCAUAAUCCCAGACCUUUGGACUGGUAAGCUCUUGUAACAUACAGCCAAUAGGGUGUUGUAUACAGCAAAGUGCAUACUGAUGUGUGUGUGUGUGUAUGUUAUUUAUUGAAAAAUCAGUCAUAAAAUAUUGGACAAAGACUUAGGAAUAAGCUGGAACAUUUAAAUUGGGGAUGAUAUACAGGCCUGUACAGAAGUAUAUAAAUAUCUGGUAAUCCUAGUUAUAUAUCAGUAGUUGUUGCUUAUGAAGGACUGUGAAAUGCACUUUUACACAUUUGUUUGCCAGUGAAGUGAUAGAAACCUUAUAUAAUUACUGAGUCUUUCAACUGAACUACAGGAAACGUUAAUUGGUAGCUUGACAGAAGUACCUAGAGUCUGGUGAAAAGCAAAACUGCUAAUUAUGUUUGUAUUUUUAAAUUAAAUAAACUUAAUUUUAUUUUUUCCCUUGCAUUCAUAGCUUAAAGUACCUGAUAUUUUGAAAAUAAUUUGGUGUUCGAAUUAUGUUUUAAAAUAUUUUUCCCCCCCAUCUUUCAUUCACUCCCUCUCAAAACAGACACUUGGAGGUUCACAGUCUCUUUGUUGUUAACAUUUGACAUUUGCCCCCCUACUUCCAAGUCCUGGAUUUUGUGAUCAUACCUAUCCGUGCACAGUAUUUUCAGAUUUUUUUCAGAAGCUUUCAGGCCUGCAGGUGGCAAAAUUGUAUACUGUAUAUACUGUAAACUUUCUGUGAUACGAUGGCUUUAGAGAUCAGCUUGAUCAGUAGAAAAUGACAAAGCCCUGUAUGGAAGUUUUUUGCAAACAACCUUAAAAGCAUCAAAAGUAAGCACUUUGCCUUGGGUCAGGAUAGGUUGUCUGCUGUACAGAUUAAGGGUAAAAUCUCCACAAACCCCAAAAUUUACACAUAGUAUCAUCACAAAUUUAGCUUAUAACCCGUUUGUUUGCAAAGAAAAAAGAAAUGUUCAAGAAUGAGGCAAGAUUCAUAGAGCACAUACAAGUCCACGUAAUGCAAGAGAGCAAACAUUAAUAUUAUGUUUGCAAAGGUCAGCAUCUUGGGGAACAAAGUUAGUCAGACACAAAAUUACAGAGAAGCCAAAGUUGAUUUGUCCAUUAAAACUGACACGUCUACAAGGCUACAGUUUCUGACACGCAGUCAUUAAGCACAUUUAUCACUUUUCUUAACCCCCAAUUUAACAUGUGAGUAAAUGUUAUGGUGGGAGUAUAAGAAAGUGAAUUGUGCAAUGGCAAAAGAAGUAUUUAGUCAUUUGUUGUUUGAUUUAUUCCAGUUAAAUUUCUAUUGAAAAUUUGCUUGGCAAAAGUGCAGUUUGCUCAGCACAAACUAUCAAAAAAUAUAAGUAUCUUAUAAAAUGUUUCAAAUUUAGUAUCUGUUUUGGUUUUUAAUGUGACAUACCUCUAGGCUUCUACUAAGAUUAGAUAAAUAUAUUAUAAACCAGUGCUUCCCAAGCUCGGUUCUAGGGACCCACUGUGGCUGCAGGUUUUUGUUCCAACCAACUUCUGUUUUUAAUUGGACUCCAAGCCCAAUUAAGUGAGCUAUUAUUUCUGAGUUUCUAUGUUUUGGAGUCAAUGGAGAAAUAACAAAACUAAGUUUGGUAAAUAUUUAUUAUAAUGUACUAAGGGGAUAGUUUGUUUUUUUUCACAAUUUUCAGCCUGACUUUCAUUCUGCUUUUCCAGGUGUUCUGAUUGUUUAAUUUAUUAUCUACUAAUUAGUGGGUUUGACUCUAAAGUAAUUGCAGCCUUUCAUCAUUCAGUGUUGCUUACCCAGCUGCCAGUUCUGUUUGUUUUAAUUAUCAUUAUUAGGAUACAAUGAAGGGUGCAAAUUGCAUAAAAAAAUAACAAAACAACAGGACAACAACAAAAGAGAGGUAAGCAUUUACAGCAAAAGAAGAAAUAUUUCUAAAUGUCUUAUACAGUAAAUUUAAAAAUCAUCAUACUGCUGUGCUUUUCUAAAGGCAGAAUAAGAGAAGGGAAAAAGACCAUCUAUAUAAAUGAGAUCAAUUAUUAUCACUAAUUGUGAUUUUGGCUGGAAUAAAAACCUGCAGCCACAGUGGGUCCUCAGGACAGAGUUUGGGAACCACUGAUGUAAACCCCUUAAGUCAACAGUUCUGUCUAUUUGUGACACUAAACUCCAUAAUAUCUCUAACCAUACUAUAAAUACUAAAAGUAAUAUUUAUAGUAUAAAUAUAAAAUAGAUACAUCUUGGUGAUAUGAAAAUUAAGAAUUUGUAGCUGUUACUGAUUUUUAGUUUGCCUUAUGUUUAAAUGACCUGCUUUUUAUGAUUAAUAAAUGUUGUUUUUUCUUGUAUGAAAGAAAAAUUUUAGGUCUGAGAAAUGGGAGAUCUUCUCUAAUUCUCUAAGCAAUUUAAAAAAAAAAGAAAAAUCAACAGUUUUGGAAAUGUCUGUUGUGACAGUGACCACACUAAGAGGUCAUAGAAUUAAAUAAUGUGCUUUAUUAAUGGCAAAAAAUGGUUUUUAAUUGAAAAAUUAGAGUAAAACGAGUGGACUUCCACGAACUUAGGAAGUUUGAGACUGCUGAUUUAUUAGUUGGCUUGCUUUGCAUCUCAUUAUUGUCUGGCAGCUGGUUAAGGAAAGGAGAAACAAUUAAGGGGUCUGAGUCUUAAAAAAAAAUAAGUCAAUUUAAAGUAAAAGCAAAUGACAGUUAAAGCAGCAAUUGACUAGUAAUUAACAAAGUGUUUGUAGCAAAAACCUUUAGCCACUGUGGCUCUCCAGGAUCUGAGCUUGGCACUCACACACUAUUUCAUUCCUUGAAGAUAUUUCUAGCCUAAACAACAAAAAAUACACUGUUUCUAGAAGACAGGAAAAGACGACAAAAUAUAGUACAGAGGUGUAGUUGUUUUGUAAUGUAUGCUGCGCACAAAUAUUUUUUCCUCUUUUAUCGGAGGCACAUUGUUAUACUUACUGUACAGACAUUGCAGGUUACUCCUGCAUAUUCCUGAAGCCUGUGAUAGCUUGUGGAUGGACUGGUAAGUGAACAGUAAUGCUAUUAGUAUCCUCUUAACCCAAGUUUAGUAAAAACAGAAUUUAUGAAUCUUUAAUGAGCCAAUCAUUCAGAUAAUUAGAUAACUAUAUUAUGUAUUACUUACUUUAAGCAUUACCGUGAUGACUGUGACACUAGUAAAGAACUUUAAAACCAAACUGACUGAAUAGUUUAGUAUCCUGUUUCCACUUCAAAAUGCAUAGUGAAGUUAAUCCAUGUAACACAGCAUUACAUUUCUUUAGCCAAUCCCCAUGACGAAAGCCAUGUAGACAUCACAAAGCUGAAAUGGUUUCUGUAUUCUGGCAGUUUGAGUGACCUACUCUGGCUUUGACAGUGAGUGGAGACUGAACUGGUAAGAUGAUAUUUUUUUCUGUUGCACAUCCUUUACCAGUAUACCACACCAGUUGACAAUCCGCACAACCCUGAGUUUAAUUAAGCUGAUUUGUAAGUGCAUGUAUGGAUGAUUAUGCCAGUAGCUUGCUUAUUGCAGGCCUUGUUUUCAUAUUAUGCCAUUUUCCUGUCAUGUUGUAUAUGUUUGAGUAAGAAAUUGCAGUGGCUUUUGCAACUUCCUCCAUUUAUGAAUAUUUAUUGUAACUGACAUGGAAAUUUGAAGGCAAUAUUUACAACUCUUUAAUUACCAAACAUCAAAAAAGCAAUUAGACCUUCAUCUUUAUUUUUUUUUUUCUAUUUCUAAUAUUAAAGUGGUGACGAGCAGUGUGGCUCUGUGGCUGAGGCGCUGGAACCUAAACCAUGAGGUUGCUGUUUUUUCCUGCCUCUUUAACUCGCCCAGAGCAACUCGUAACCUGUUUGUGCUGUCACAGCUGCACCAUAUACAGUACCUGUUCUUGUAAAGCGCCUCGAGAUGGCUUUUAUUUUAGAUAGGUUGUUUGUGAUUGUGUUGACUCGGAUGAAGAAGGAUUAAACAUUUCUUUGAUCUCAUCGAAUGCUGUAUUUUAUUCAUAACUCUCCAUGGAUAAAGCAGAUCAUUCGUAGACUAUAAAUACAAUAUUUGUGUCUUAUUAGCCUUUCUAGUUAUUCUGUUGAAUAUUUAUGGAAGUCUUCGUGGUUUUUGUGCAAAUUUUAAGAAAGAAACGUGCAUUGGAAGAUACUGGAAUAGAAAUUUAUUACUGUUACAGUUAAUUUAAAAAGAUAAAAUUUUAUUAGCAAAGCUGCAGUCUCAUCCUUUAAAUAAUAUUGACUUGCACAUCUCCUGCAAUCAAUGGAGCAUUGUACAUUGAUUAAUGUGUGCAGCAACUGAUAUUCAUUUGAAAGGGACCACUGUGCAUCUCUAGAAAGAGAGAUCUUGCUAGAAAUGAAUCUGCAUAUCAUGUUGUGAAACAUGCACUAUAAAUGAGGUAAUGAUGAUUACGAGAUGGGUCAUAACUGUGAGCAGACUCAUUCUGGAGUAUUUUAGGCAUACAUGCUAUCUGUGACAUUACCACUGGUGCCAUUUUGCCUCAUUACUUUGUAAUAUUACUUGAAGUUUUAUUUUUCUUGCAAAGCAGUAAGCAGUGUUCCCAACAGUGUCUACUACCGGUUUGUCUCGUCUAAAAACAUUUCCAGGUUUUUAGUUGCAAAUUUACUACUGCACUUUUAGUAUGUAUUGUAUAAAAUGACUUUGUCUUUCCCAUUAAAGUUUAUUUAGUUUAUGUCAAGUUCUUGGCUUCAUGAUUAUGUCUUGCUGAUUUGUCACCUGCAGUUCCCAUCUUGAUGUUUAAAGGCAUUGACUGUAUUUCUGAGCAUCAGCAUAACACAACAGCACGUUGUACGAAGCCAAGUGCAUUUCUGUGUUACAUUAAUGACAAUGCAAUUUUUAUUGUAAAUUUUAUUCUUGUAUUAUGUUUCAGUGUAUAUACAUAUAUAACUAUGCUUAUUUAAAAAUAAAUCAAUUUGUACACAA